AUGUCAACAACUACAGCGACAUCGAUGCGAAGCUCUCAUCCACCUAUCAGUCCCAAGGACUUCUCCGCACAGCAACCCAAAACUAUCCGUUUAUACCCCCUUUCCAAUUACACAUUCGGUACCAAGGAGACACAACCUGAAGAGGAUCCCUCAGUCCUAGCUCGUUUAAAGCGUCUGGAGGAACAUUACGUGAAACAUGGCAUGCGCCGAACCUGCGAGGGUGUCCUUGUCUGCCAUGAACACAACCAUCCUCAUGUUCUGAUGCUGCAGAUCGCCAAUGCAUUCUUCAAGCUACCAGGUGACUAUCUUCACUUCGAGGAUGACGAGGUUGAAGGAUUCAAGAAGCGACUGAACGAGCGUCUGGCGCCGGUGGGGUCCCAAUUCUCAGGGGAAGGCGUCAAUGAAGACUGGGAGAUCGGUGAUACGCUUGCGCAGUGGUGGCGGCCGAAUUUCGAGACUUUCAUGUAUCCCUUUCUCCCCGGACACGUUACGCGGCCUAAGGAGUGUAAGAAGUUGUACUUCAUUCAGCUGCCUAAGAAGAAGGUCCUCUCGGUCCCGAAGAACAUGAAGCUGCUCGCUGUGCCGUUAUUCGAGCUGUACGACAAUACGGCGCGCUACGGCCCGCAACUCUCUGCCAUUCCGCAUCUGCUAUCCCGCUAUAACUUUGAGUUUGUUGACGAGAACGACAAUGUUGUCGCGGCCACACCCGGGGCGCCUCUGCCCGAGCACCAGACCCUGCGGACCAAGGUUCUCGUUGGCGAAACCAACGACGGGCAGGACGCUGGUAUGACGGACUACACUGAAGGUGCGGAGAAUGGAGGGGAAAACGCGCAGUGA